ACCCUUUCUCGUCGUAGACGGUAGACCGGCAGAGACUAGAGAAAGAGAGGCAGAUGCUGCGGGUGUCGGAGGACGGGGGCCGGCGCCGGGAGGCCCACGCCGCCGGGUACGGCGAGCUCGGCCGCGCCCUCCUCGACCUGCAGGCCGCCGCUGACCAGGUCUUCGACGCCGUCUCCAAGCGAACCGCCGAGGAGCGUGAGAAGCUAUCGGCCAUUUCCAGGAGGAUCAAAGAUGCCAAAGCUAAGAUCAAAGCUUUAUCUCAGUCAGAGGAACCACUCACAAUUGUAUCACCAGCACAGCAUCCUUCAUGUUGUACUAAACAAGAAGACUUCAGACCACUGUUUCACGACAAUGGUGGGUUGCCGAUAGCAAAUAUUACUGUAAACGGAGAAUUCAACAGAGAAUAUGGGCUAGAAGGCACCCUUGAACUCUUCCAGUUUUUCUCUGAGGAGAACUGUGAUUAUCCUUCAAAAGCUACAGAUAAACUUCCCAAAACAAAAGAUAGCACAUAUUUAGAGAAUCUUUUGGAGGCAGCAAACCAUCCAGCUUCGGGGAACCAUUUGGCGUCUCAGUAUGACACGAAGAGUGAGGAACUGCCACCUCCACCACCAAGUCUACUACCAAAACACCUUAGAUCUCGGAGAUCAGAUGAUGUUAGAGUCGAAUCAGAUGUGAGUCCAGCCAGUCCAUGAAGUUCUCAUCUUCAGAAGAUUAAUUGUAGAUUGCAAAGCACACGACCUAUGAUUAUAACAUCAGUGAUAACAAUUGUCUGUGACCAGUAUACUUACGCUGUUUGGUCUCUAUACUAAAGCACGACCUGUCUCUGAUGCAUCUUCUUGCUGGUUGAAAUGCAUAUUCUUUGACAC